AUGGUUGUCGAUGCUGGAUACUUUGCCAAGCAAGGCAGGAAGGUGAUUCAGCGCAUGAUGCACGAUGGACAUGCGCCUCUGUGCGAGUCCGAUUUUACAUCGCCUUUUGGUGAAGUGGUAGCUGCUGGACAGACACCUGGGUCCCAAGAGAAUCCCGAGAUAUUCAUUGGCCUGCGGAUGAUAGACCGCCAGAUUGACCGGGAUGGUGAAUCCUCGUGGCCCUCAAAUCCUCUGCUUUUCUUCACUACCUAUGGCGCUCGAGCCAAACAGGGGCAAUCUGUGAAACAGGAGGAUUCAUCCUCAUCCUUCCCCUGA